AUGAAUCCUCUCCUCAUCGUUUUCAUGAUGCUCCUGGGCCUCAUGGCUCCUGCUGCGGUGGCCGAUCCAGCCAUCCUCCCGGGCGGCUACAUGGACAUGGGCCACAACAACAAACUCGCCGCUCGCAAGGAGCUGGCUGAUCGUCAGGCCAUGGCCAUCUCUCAUAUUCUCAAGCGGCUCCAGAUUAAGUGCGCCUUGGACCGUAAGAACACUGGCUUCGUACCUGGCAUGCCCGGCACAUUCAUGAGUUCUGCUUGGUGCGCGCAAUACUUUACUUGCAAGAUUGAUGGAACCAAGGUCCAGAGUCGUGAACCCUUUACAGAAAAUCAAUAUGUGGAUGAGCUACAGGACAAGGUUAAUUGCGGCUGCAUGGACUCACAGGGUAAUAUCAUCGCAGGUAACAUUGGCAGCACUUCUCGGGAUUUAGAUUCGGCGAAGCCUCCCGGAGAGGACGGGCUGACGCUGCAGGCUGCCGAAGGCCCAGCCCGGAAGGAGUGA